CUCUUCGUCGCCUGUCUCAGUAAAUUCCUUCCUGACCUUCCCCCCAAAUUAUAAAUUGUCAAUUGCGAUCACUGGCAAUUCAACCAAAUUUAUUUCCAUUCCUGUAUCUACCCGCAAACAGAAAAAACUUACCGCUGUUGUGUCCCCUAACCACAAAUCCUAAAAUAGUUUCUUUCCAACAAUCAUUUGAUCUCUGUCUUAACUAGUGAUUCAUCUACAUUACGAACAAACCAUCAUGUCUAAUUUCCCUCCUAACAUAUCCAUUCGACCUCUCACCAUAGAAGAUAUCAAUCAAUGUAUCGCCUUGGAAAAUAAAGGUUUUUCUGAAUCUGAAAGAUGUUCUCCAGAAAAAUUCCAAUAUAGAUUAACGGUAUGUCCCGAAUUAUGUUCAGGUAUAUUCAUUAGAGAUUAUGAAUAUAAAUAUAACGCUAUAAACUUACCAGAAGUAGCAGAAAAGUUAGAUCAAGAACAAAAAUCAAAGAUUGCUAAUGAUGAUGUGACUCAAAAUAAUGAAGAUGAAGAAGAAGAAAAUCUUGAUGAAUUGCCUUCCAAAUCUUCUUAUACUAAGGAAACUUUAAUUGGUCAUAUAAUCGCUACCAAGAUCCCAUCCCAAAGAAUCACGGAUGGAGCUAUGGAAAUUCCUCCUUCCACUGAUGAAGAAUCUACAACUAUAGGUCAUAUUGAAAGUUCAAGAUGGAUAGGAAUUCAUUCAUUAGUGGUUGAUCCAAAUUGGCAAGGUCAUAAUUUAGGUACUCUUUUAAUGCAUGAUUAUGUUCAAAAAUUAUCAAAUCAAGAUUUAGGUGAUAAAAUUGUUAUAAUUGCUCAUAAAGAAUUAAUUCCAUUUUAUGAAAAAAUUGGGUUUAAUAAUUUAGGUGAAAGUGAAUGUAAAUUUGCUGAUACAACUUGGUAUGAUUUAGCUAUUGAUUUGAUUCCUGAAGAAGAUAUCUAAUCAGUCUAAGUGAUUAUUAUCUUCAAUCAAUCAAUCAAUCAGUUCCGUUCAAUUGUUAUUCGACAAUCCAGCUAGCUAACUUGCCCCCCCAAAUCAUCUUCAAUCUACCUAUUCACCCACCCACCUUUAUUUAUACAUAAAUUCAUACCCAUAUACAUAAUCCGUGUAAUUAUAUAUUUUAUAAAUAAGUAUAUAUAU